AUGGUGAAGCUGGGAAGCAAUUUGAAUGAAAAGAACAAGCAGCAGCCGUCCAAUGAGGAUGGUUUUCAGACGGUUCCUUUGAUAACACCCUUGGAAGUCAAUCAUUUACAGUUCCCAGCUCCAGAAAAGGUGAUUGUGAAAACAAGAACAGAAUAUCAACCAGACCAGAAGAACAAAGGAAAACUUAGAGUGCCCAAAAUUGCUGAAUUCACAGUCAGUUUCACUGAUGGUGUAACAGAAAGGUUAAAGGUCACUAUUCUCAUAAGCCUGGCUCUUGCAUUCCUUGCCUGCAUAGUCUUUCUUGUGGUAUACAAAGCGUUCACCUACGACCACAGUUGCCCAGAUGGAUUUGUUUAUAAGCAUAAGAGGUGCAUUCCUGCCUCUCUCGAUGCUUACUAUUCAGCUCAGGAUUCCAACUCCCGGGGCAGAUUCUACACCGUCAUCAGCCACUACAGCAUGGCUAAGCAAACCAGCUCGCGGUCUGUAUCUCCCUGGCUUUCUUCAGGAUCGGUAAAUCAUGAAAAUAAGGCCACCAAGACAGAAGGCCAUUAA